AACCAAAAUAUCACGUAUUACUUCGAGUGUUCGAGUUCGUUGUAGAAAGUAAAAACUGUGGGUUGAAACCAGUGGUCAAGUGUUAUAACAGGUCCAUUUUCGAUGUUUACAAGCAGUUAUCAUGGUGCCAGUUUAAUUUUGAUUAAGGAUAAAAAUGCAGAAACAACCAGAAAAAGAUGAAGAUAAUUCUUUAGAAGCUGUUUGUGCAGGUUGCUUGAACGUUAUUGACGAUGAAGAAGUUAUCUCUGCUGUCGGAAACGAAUGGCACCUCGAAUGCUUUAGGUGUUCAGCAUGUGAUACAUCAUUAUCAAAUUGGUAUUUCGAGAAAGAUGGUCUCCUUUUUUGUAAGGAGGACUACUGGGCGAGAUACGGAGAGUCCUGCCAACACUGCAGUGAGAUAAUAACAGGCCCCGUAAUGGUUGCAGGAGAACACAAAUUUCAUCCCGAAUGUUUUUGUUGCGGGUCCUGCGGUGCCUUUAUAGGAGAUGGCGACUCUUACGCCCUUGUUGAAAGAUCUAAACUCUACUGUGGCCAGUGUUACAAAAGACAAAUGCAACCCCUCGAAAAGACUGCAGGGAACCCAUUCGGGGGUCGAAAACCCCAUUCAAUCCGACUGGUUGAGAUACCUGGCGGACAAAAGGGCAUAAAACUAGUUUCUAACCCGGUUAAUGGAAAUAGUCAACGUUUAACAAUUUCAGAGCUUGACAUGAACAAUGAUCUGAUGUCACUGCACAUAGGUGACAGAAUUUUAGAAAUAAAUGGAAUUCCAGUCAAAGCAACGUCUUUGGAAAACGUAGAGAAUUUAUUGAAAUAUUCCGAUACAGUUUUACAGCUAACGAUAGAGCAUGACCCAGAAGCGGUGUCACGCCGGAAACUGUCGUUGGCAAAGCCCAAAUUGUCCCUACCCCUAUCGACUACCCAAAGUGAUACCAACAUUCCAACAAAAAUUGAACAAUCCGUACCUGAACCCCACUUGCCACAAAGCGACCGCGAAAUAUCAAAAAGUAACGACGACUUAAUAGAAAAUGCCACAAUUUUACCUGAUAGCAAAGACAACAGAGUAAAUGAUCCAAAAACAGACGAACACUUCAAUAAACCAAAAUCAAACAAAGACAGACUUUUCAAAAGAAAAGAUGAAGGCUAUAUGAGCGGCACAAGAUCAAGACAGCUGAGAAAAAAGAAUAACGAACUAGAAACUAGACAAUCUUUAGACAAAGAGAGAAGUUCUUCAAUGAGUAGACUUUUAGACGAUCUUACAAAUUCGAAACGUUGUAACGAUUUGUCGAGAGCCCAUUCGUUCCUGGAACCUCGUCCUCAGCAGAGGGUCUUCAGGGCUUCGGACUUGGUAAAAGGCGAGCUUUUGGGUCAAGGUUUUUUCGGUCAGGUGUACAAGGUCACAACAAAAGACACCUCCGAAGUUAUGGUCCUCAAGGAACUUUACAGGGUCGACGAAGAAGCCCAAAAAAAUUUUCUUAAAGAAGUGGCCGUCCUCAGGAGUCUUCAUCAUACCAACGUCCUAAGAUUUAUCGGAGUUCUGUACAAAGAAAGGAGGCUCCAUUUGGUCACGGAAUAUAUCGCUGGGGGCACCCUGAGGGAAUUAAUACACGACUUAUCCCAGCCUAUCCCUUGGGAACAAAGAGUUUCUUUUGCAAAAGACAUCGCUGCCGGCAUGGCUUACCUCCAUUCGAUGAACAUCAUCCACAGAGAUCUCAAUUCUCACAAUUGUUUAGUUAGAGAGGAUAAAACGGUGAUAGUGGCUGACUUUGGUUUAGCGCGGAUCGUGUCCCAUGACACCGGAAGUGUACGUAAAAAUUCACCAAAAGGCGGGACCCACGGAGGAAAGAAGCAAGAGAGGAAGAAGAGAUACACCGUGGUGGGAAAUCCCUACUGGAUGGCCCCGGAAAUGAUGAAAGGGAACAAAUACGACGAAAAGGUUGACAUUUUCAGCUUUGGAAUUGUCCUUUGCGAGAUAAUCGGGAGGGUCCAGGCAGAUCCCGAUUAUCUCCCGAGAUCCAACGACUUUGGCUUGAACCAAGCGGCUUUCAAAGAAAAAUUUUGCUCCACGUGUCCCGAACCCUUUUAUAAAAUCGCAUUCCUCUGCACAGAUCUGAAUCCAGACAAGAGACCGCCAUUCGACGUAACGGAAGUGUGGUUGGAGUCGCUGUCCAUGCAUUUAUCCGUCGGUAUGCCCCUGCCGGCCGAUCUGGUCUUCGACAUAGACCACUACAGGGGUCAGAGUUCGAGUUCGUCCGGUAGCACGACUCCCGAAGGUCUAGCAUCAGGUCACAGGAGCCCCGUGCUCCUGCCCAUAUGCGAAGACAAGCUAAACCUCAGUCACAAAGACGACGACGACACCAAAAUAGUCCUCAGCGCGGAAAACCUGAAACCCAUCAUCAAGGUUUCCAGUUCCGACAACCUGUUACGUAGCAACGGUACAAAAUCGAUACUGAAAGCGCCAGGAACCGGGAAUAUGAGCAAAAGUUGCGAAAAUUGCAGCAAGGAUAUGAAGGACUUGAACAGAGGCGACGGAGCCAAAAGUUGCGAGAAUUUUGGUACCAAAGGACUCGAAGUUAAGGUCUUGGAAAAAGUGCCAUGUUCAGAAAACUUAACCAAAAAACCUCAACAGAGCAAGGAACAAGCCGAAUGGACCUUUGACGUAACCAAAAGACUUUUGCCCCUUCUGGCAACGAAAAAUCUGUUAGAAAAUGACACGACCCCUUGCAGGACGCAUGCCCGUAAAUUAACCAGGAAGCAGGUCCUCAGAGAACAAGGGAAAACGACAAAAACCCCGGAAAAACCUACCACAAGUCUCAGUAUACAAAGUAUGAAUUUAAAGCAUGUCACUCCGUCGGAUGUCACGCAGAAGUUCGUAAGCAAUUUCAAACCUAAACCCCUGAUAAGCAUAAAACCUUACGAACCAAGUGAAAAGAGUCCACCAGAAACGGUUUCCUACAAACCCAAAACCGAAAUUCCUGCACCAUUCCAUUCUCAUAGAAAGGACCAAGUGUCACAGCCAGUCAUUCCAAAGAGUUCCAAUUUAGUCCAAGAACAAGCAAAAAAGUCGGUUAACUUAAACUCCUUGAAUGGUACAAGUAGAAACGUCUUCACCAAACCUGUCACUAGUCCAACACCAUCGAGGUCUAACAAUGGCGAAAACAAACGAUUUUUCAGCAUCUCCCCGGAAUGGUCCUCGUCUAAACGAACACUUGAAAUUGCCUGUAAAAACCCGGAAACCUUCAGGCCUUCUUCAAGCAGUUUAGAAGAGCAAAGGAGAAUCUUUGGAAGCCCGGGACUUUUCAGGCGUCGCAUAGACGAUAACUGUCCAGGACGAUCGCCCAGCCUCGUGCGCAACAUAAUCAACACCUUGAACAGAAGGGAUAACAAAGAAUUAUUCUUCGAUGGAAGACAGACGUUUGGACGGAGUUCCAUGAAAGUGGUAGGGAGUCCCAGGAUGGAAAAAACCGAGCCUACUAGAAGUUGUAGUCCCGUUGAAUUUACCGCACUUUAAUUAGUUAGAUAAUUAACAAAAGGUAAGAAUUGUCAAAUGACAAACGCAAAAACAAUUUCGUUUUUUUUUUCGUA